AUGGCUUCCUCCACCACCACCACCAACCCGGCCUGCUGCUGCUCUCUCCAGCUCCACCACCUCCUCCGCCGCGCCGCCGCCCUGCCCCCCACCACCCGCCCCCUCCGCCUCCGCCUCCCGCUUCGCCUCCGAACCCAAGCCCAGGCCUCCCCCUCCCCCGAACCCUCGCUUCCCCCGGACACCUCCUUCGCCGGCUGGUCGGACGAGGACCAAGACAACGAGGCCGCUGCUUCUGGCCCGUUCGGCGGACUCCUCGGACCUGGCCUCGCCGGACUCUUCUUGCUCGCCGGCAUCACCUACGCCGCAAUCUCCGUCAGAAACCCCAAUGGAUCAAGGCCGCCAAUCCAAACCUUGCCCACACACAGCGAGACAGCACCUUACUCUACCGAUAAUAACAACAAUAAUACUCCUAGCCAAGAGGAUUCUGCCCAAGUCCUGUUACCAAGCGACAGCCAGGAUGGCACUGCUGAGGAGGCUGCUACAACAUCACCUUCAGAAACAAGCAAGAUACCAGCUGAGCACGACAUGGAGCACACACUGGAAAGCAGCGACCUACCUCCUACCGAUAAAUACGAUGCUGGCGACGACAGAGCAACCUGGCCUGACCAUCUUGCUGCUUCAGGCGACGGCACCGAAAUCCCAGGACCAGCUCCUCCUGUGUCCAGUCCCACCGAGCCCGACGUCGCUUCUGCUUAUGAUGACAAACUUGGUGGUGGCGCCACAGGCCCCUCCGAAGGAGCUCCUGUUCUACAGGACUCUAUAGACUCUGAACCAAGUUCGCCAGAAAACCGGCAUAUGGAUGACGAUGAUGAUGCUUUAACAUCCGACAUCAUGGUGCUAGAUUCGGGCGAUGUUGUGGCGAUCCAGGACACCGCGAUCGAGGCUACUCGGUUCUCCGACAAAGAUGAAUCUUCUUCACCCAGAUUUUCUGAUUACGUAGAACACGGAAGCGCUGACAAAGAUUUACUCACCGAAGGUGUUAACCCAGGAAAGGAAACUUUGCCGUCAGAUCAGGAUGAAGGGCAAAAUGAAUUGGAUAACCAAAAUGGACUGUUCACGUCUACAGCACCUGGUAAAUCUUUCUCUUCUGCUGGGAUUCCUGCACCCUCGCUGCUCUCUGCAGCUUUACAGGUGCCUGCUGGGCAGAUUGUGGUUCCAGCCGCGGUUGACCCGACCCAGGGAAAUGCAUUGUCUGCGCUGCAAGUUCUAAAGGUGAUUGAACCUGGUGCUCGAUCUGGUGACUUGUGUACCCGACGUGAAUAUGCUCGAUGGUUGGUAGUUGCAAGUAACUGUCUUUCGAGGAACACUUACUCAAAAGUUUGUCCAGCAAUGUACAUCGAGAUUGUGUCUGAACUUGCAUUUGAUGAUGUCACCACUGAAGAUCCUGAUUUUCCAUUUAUACAAGGAUUGGCCGAAGCAGGGUUAAUUUCUAGCAAGCUUUCAAGAUCUGAUAUGAACAUCUCUGAAAAUGUUCAGAACAGCCAUUACUUCUUCUCCCCAGAGAGUCCCUUGUCCCGUCAAGACCUUGUGAGUUGGAAGAUGGCUUUGGAUAAAAGGCAAUUACCUGAAGUCGACAAAAAUUCUUUGUACAAGACUUCUGGCUACAUAGACAUCGAUAAAAUAGAUGCAUCUGCCUGGCCUGCUUUGGCAGCUGACUUGGGUGCUGGAGACCAGAGCAUUUCAGCUCUUGCAUUUGGUUUUACAAGACUAUUCCAGCCAAACAAACCUGUGACAAAAGGACAGGCUGCCCUAGCACUUUCAACCGGUGACUAUGCUGAAGUGGUUAUGGAGGAGCUUGCUCGUAUCGAAGCAGAGAAAAUAGCUGAAGCAGCUGUGAACGCACAAGGUGCAUUGAUCGCUCAGGUUGAGAAAGAAAUCAACGCAAGUUUCGAAAUGGAGCUUACACGGGAAAGAGAAAAAAUAGAGACCCUUGAGAAACUGGCUGAAGAAGCUAGGGUCGAAUUGGACAAGUUGAGAGCAGAAAGAGAGGAAGAAAAGAAUGCUUUGAUUAGAGGCAGAGCUGCUGUUGAAUCUGAAAUAGAAGUUCUUUCAAAGUUGAGGUGUGAAGUAGAGGAGCAGCUGCAGAAUGUGCUUAGCAAGAAGGUCGAGAUCUCCUUUGAGAAGAAUAGGAUUGGGAAACUUCAAAAGGAAAUAGAGGAUGAAAACAAGGCAGCGGUGCAACUUCAGUACGAGCUUGAAGUUGAAAGGAAGGCUUUAUCUAUGGCCAGGGCUUGGGCAGAGGAUGAAGCAAAGAAGGCGAGGGAGCAUGCACGUGCCCUCGAGGAAGCCCGGAACCAAUGGGAGCGGCAAGGGAUCAAAGUUGUGGUCGAAGGAGGGCUCGAGGAGGACGCAUCGGCUGGAGUGACGUGGGCUAACGUUGGCAAAGAACACCCAGUCGACGAGGCGAUCAACCGGGCAGAGUCUCUACUUGAGAAGCUCAAGUCCUUCUUCGCUGAGAUGAAAGUGCGGUCUUCACAUGCCCUGGAGCGAUUGAUGGAGCAUGUAAGGUCCUUCAUCUCGAGCCUGAAGGAACGAGCGGCGGAAGCGAGGCGAGGGAGCGCGGGUCUCGGGGCUGGCGCGGUGAAAAAGGUGAAUGAACUGUCAUCGGAAGCGAAGGCAUUUGGUUCGAGCGUUGGGGACAAGUCCAAGAGGGUGGUGGAAGACUGCAAAGAGGGGUUGGAGAAGUUUGCGCACAGAUUCAAGACAGACUAGCUGCUGCUGAGCGUCGGGCCUUGUGUGUGUAUGUGUACAGACAAUUCAUAGGCCAAGAGAGAAGAAUCGUGAUACGAAUAAGAGUAUUUUGCAGCAGAAGAAUCGUGACCCCUCCUCCCACCUAGCCGCCCUCUGCAGGUAUCCCGUCUGCUCCACCCACAUGCAUGGAAGAAGUUGUUAUGGUGUUCCCGUGAUUAUGAUCAGUUACACAUUUGACAGGCGGUAAAUGUAGAAAAUGGUUAAGGCUGGUACCAUGUUAUAACCAAUGUGUAUUGGAGAGUUGGUUUUUUGUACAUGUACUUAUAAGUUGGCAUAAAUAAGUGGUCGGGAGCUUUGCGGGGACUCAAA